AUGAUUCGCUCCGUGCUCGAGGGCGAGGCAGAAGAAGCGAGCAAGCCGACAUCGCAACUUACGGGGCCAGGAGGAAGGCCCCUUCCACGGACCGACUCACCUUCGCUAAAGCCCAAAUUGAGCGAGGAGAGGCUGGAUCUCAGCUCUGGCCGAAAAUUCUUCUUUGUCAUCAUGAGCAUCAUCCUGCAACUCACGUUCCUUGGUAAUGCGGUGAUUGCCGUCACACACGCCCUGACACACCAGCACGAGAAUUGGUGGUGUGGCGAAGCCUACGUUAUCUACAUUGUGGGAACAUUCUUCCUCUAUUGCUUAGUCCUCAUUUCCAUCAUCGAUACGCGACCCUCACCAGAUACAUGUCACGCUAUCACCUGGACUGUCAGCGUAAUCCUAGAGGUUCUCCUGGCAGGAUCAUCGUUCGUCCUGUUCUCUUCCUCACAUCGCGAACCAAACGCCUUUGAUCCCAACGGAGGUGAAGCUCACGUAGGAUUUACCCAAUGGGAAGCUGCCCAAAUCUUUUUGGAUGUUGUCAGAAUCGCUUGUCUUUUUCUCCUUGUGGCAUUUUACCUCCUUUUCGUCUUCCUCGGGCAUUGGAAAGCUGACCAGUCGCAUCAUAAUGAGAACGGCCAAGUCAAUGAAAGGACCAGUCUCCUCAAAAAUCACGUAAAUGGGAACCACGAGCAUUCUGACGCUGAAAAUAAGGAGGUUGCCGGCUGGGAGAGGCCCAAAAAACUACCUACUAAGUCAUGGUGGCAAUAUAUCAAGGGAUACUCCUUAUUCUUUCAAUACCUUUGGCCUUCUCAGAAUCGCCGUCUUCAAAUCAUCGCUGGUAUUUGUUUCUUUCUCCUCCUUGUGAGCAGAAUUAUCAAUCUCUUCGUUCCGUAUCAGGUUGGAAAAGUAGUAGAUCUUCUGGGUGCUGAGGAUUGGCAUCAUCCUAAUAUUCCCUGGCUCCAGAUCCUUCUUCUGAUUGUCUUACGUUUUUCUCAGGGCUCGUCUGGAAUUGUUACCAACAUUCGCACCGCUCUCUGGAUACCAAUCAAUCAAUAUUCAUACCGAGAGCUUUCUGUUGCCAUUUUUGAACACGUCCACAACCUUAGUUUGGAUUUUCACCUUGGAAAGAGGACCGGUGAGGUCACGUCCGCAAUGAAGAAAGGCAAUUCGAUAAACACAUUCCUGGAAUCGGUCACAUUCCAGAUUGUUCCGAUGAUCGUCGAUCUUGCCAUUGCUCUGGUCUACUUCAUCCACGAAUUUGACAUCUAUUAUGCAUUGAUUGUGGCGUUGGUAUCUGUACUCUACAUGUACCUCACGAUCCGUAUGGCCCAAUGGCGUUCAGACGUGAAGCGCGAAGUGACAAAUCUAGGAAGAGAGGAGGAAGCCGUUAAGACCGACUCAAUGACAGCCUACGAGACAGUCAAAUACUUCAAUGCAGAGGAAUAUGAGUUCGCUCGCUAUCGUGACGUGGUUGAUCGUUUCCAAGUAAAGGAAUACAUCUUGCUGAAGACCCUAAGUUUGAUGAACAUCGUCCAGAAUCUCUGCUUUACCGUAGGUCUUAUGGCGUCCUGCUUCCUUGCAGCUUUCCAAAUAUCCAUGGGAUUACUUGGCGUUGGAAAAUUUGUUGCGCUCCUCACAUACAUGGGUCAAUUACAACAGCCACUGAACUACUUUGGGACGUUCUAUCGAUCUAUACAAACCGCGAUGAUAAAUUCGGAACGUUUACUGGAAUUGUUCAAGGAGCAGCCGACUGUCGUGGAUCAACCUUGGGUUGGAUCGUUGACAUCUUGCAGAGGCAAAGUACGCUUCAACAACGUUGAAUUCUCGUACGAUCCUCGUCGACCAGCUCUUCAAGGCUUGAGUUUCCUAUGUAAGCCGGGCACGCGAACUGCAUUAGUCGGAGAAUCUGGAGGAGGGAAAUCGACCGUUUUUCGACUUCUUUUCCGUUUCUACAACGUUCUAAGUGGCUCUAUUGAAAUUGACGAUCAUAAUAUUGAAGAUAUCAGCGUAGACUCACUCCGCAGCCACAUUGGUGUCGUACCUCAGGAGGUUGUACUCUUCAAUGAGUCAGUCAUGUAUAAUCUGAAAUAUGCGAAUCAAAGCGCUACCGAGGCAGAGGUAUAUGCCGCUUGUAAGGCCGCCUGCAUACAUGAUCAGAUUCUCGACUUCCCCGAAGGAUAUAACGCUAUGGUUGGCGAACGGGGAAUGAAGCUCUCUGGAGGGGAAAAGCAACGCCUUUCAAUUGCUAGGGCUAUCCUCAAGAAUCCGCCAAUCAUCCUUCUCGACGAAGCAACUGCCUCCCUAGACUCCGAGACUGAACAGCACAUCCAAGAGGCUCUCGUGAAGCUCUCUCAAGGCCGGACUACCUUCGUCAUUGCACAUCGUCUUUCGACCAUCAUCAACGCUGAUCAAAUCCUCGUGCUCCACAAGGGCCGAGUUGCUGAGGCCGGGACACACGAUCAGCUUAUGGAUCUAGGUGAGAAAUACGCUAAGAUGUGGGAGAGACAAGUGAAUUCUCAAGACAUUGUGUUCCAAGCGAAAGCGCGCAAGCGGUACCAUAAGGUCCUCACUCCGACUUCAAGCGCCCACGUUAGCGACGAUGAAGGCCGCGAUAUCCCUCUCGGAUACCGCACUCCGGCUGAAGACGGCCUGCUCUCACGCACUUUGUGA